AUGAUCAAGUCCAUUUUCUUCACCCGCUUUCAUCCCGCGAAAGGUUCACACGUCCUCCACCAAGUCCCCGAAGGCUCCGUCACGCCCUCCCCCUCCCUCACUGCUCGAGCUCCCCUCUUCGACUUCUCCAGCGUUUCUGACUGUAUCAUCCCGCGGCAAGAGUUCUGUGACCGGCUCGUAACGGUCUGCGUGAAUCACUGUCGCAUCAUCGGUUACCCCAUCUGCAUCAGCAACUACGAGGGCAAGUACAACCGCAACCAAUUCAUCUUCAAUUUCGCGCUUGUACUGGAUGAGGAUGCAGAAUGGGGUCCCUACGCAGGCGUUGUCAGGAAGCUGGCUAGGAUCUUGAAGAGCUUGGAGGAGCAGGCGGGCUUUCUAAGCCGUGAGGAAGACCUGGCGGUUGACAACAGCCCGGGAAGCGUGUUGAGGGCUGAUAGGGUUGGGUCAGAUGCGAGCUCUGGCACGGUGGAGCUUAAUGGCGAUGUUUCAGAGCUCCUACUUGAUAGCUCUGUGCCGCCGACGCCAGCAAUGGCCGCGGUCAGCAGUCCUGGGAGAUCUUCGAGCUCAAUGAAAACCAUUGAGAAGCCAGCGGGCGUCACGGGAGGAAAAGUCUACGCUCUUUGCGAGAUGAUUCUGGAAGACCUGAAUGCUUACUGCGAGUGUAUGAUACCAGUUGACGAUUACAACACAGUCAACCUCAAGCUCUUCCCGCUGCAUCCACCCCCAGCACCAGUUUACGCAUGGCACGUCCCUCUUCUGACCAUUGACCUUUCCUCAUUCAACACACUCUCCGAUCCACACCACAGUAAUUUCUCAGAGACCUCAAAGAACAGCCUCUCGUCCGACCUGACCCUAACACGAAUCCUACCCUGGAUAAACGGCAUCCGCUCCGUAGCACACAUAGCAAUACUAGCGGACGUGGCGCUCGAUCUCGCAAAGAAGGCUAUUCAGCACUUGCUGCUCUACGGAUGUGUGAUCCUGCUCGACAUUUUCCAAUUUAGCGCCAGCUAUGCGUGCACGCCAGCCAUUGGCGCAUUGGUCGAGAAUGAGGACGGCGUGCUCGAUGAGUGCGCGCGGUACGUGUACAUACCAUGGCUGAUGGAAAGGCAAACGCAUGCCAAUAAUGGAACUCAAACCCAUCAGGCCAUCGACAGGGAGGAGACUCCCAAGAAUCAGGUAGUAAGGGAGGCAGUGGAUCAUGAGUUGCGGAAAGAAACGCUCACACGACUCUACAUCAACCUCCGCCAGGGCGUCCCGCUCAGAGAAUGGGUCGCAGCAAACCGCAAAGAACUCCAGAUCAUCGACGUCCGUCGUCUCAUCACGUUUGGUGUGAUCAAGGGCUUCCUGUACCGCGUACACAAGUACGCGUUGGCCGCUGUGCCAAAUCACUCAGGCGAAAGCGCACCGACUGGCUACGAGACUUCCGGAAGAGGAGGCGGUAACGGUCCUGCGUGGGGGGAUGUGCGGGAGAACUUGCCACUUGCUCGAUAUCUGGAUGGCUUGCAUUGUUUCGAUGAGAUAUGCACAGAGCUGGCCAUGCCGGAGAAGGACGUGCUGGGGAAGAUGAGGAGGGCUUAUGGGAAUGUUCAGAUUAUCCAGCGAUGA